UCUGGUCCGAGAACCAGGUGAUGAAACAGAAAACACUUGAGUGACAGAAAAGAAACUCCGUUUCCCAGAGUCAUUAGCUGCGGUGCGAUCGGGCCAACCAAUGAAACUGACGUGUGGCGACAACUUCCUGUUUCGUGAUGUCAAGUUGAAGAAGUCGCCGCAUGAAUUACUGUCCCCCAAACAUUGUCCCCCGGAGACGAGAAGACGCACAACUUCUGCAAAUGGCUCAAGAGGGCCAGAGUGAGACGUCCCAACACACGGCGAGCAGUGACGAAGACAAGGGGACAGGAACGCAGGUCAUCGAGAUUCACGACUCCAUGACUGAAUGUGAGGAAGACGCGACGCCCGGUCCGGUGCAGAUGGAGGAGAAGGCGUUCGUGUCGAGGCUGCACGCCUUCAUGAAGGACAGAGGAACACCCAUCGAAAGGAUCCCACAUCUGGGCUUCAAACAGAUUAAUCUUUGGAGGAUCUACAAAGCUGUUGAGAAGCUGGGGGGCUACGACUCGGUGACCGCACGGCGCCUUUGGAAGAAGGUGUACGACGAGCUGGGAGGGAGCCCGGGCAGCACCAGCGCUGCUACGUGCACUCGCCGACACUACGAGAAGCUGGUGCUGCCCUUGGAACGCCACCUAAAAGGGGAGGACGACAGGCCGCUGCCUCCCAGCAAACCACGAAAGCCAUAUAAGAGGAAUUUGGACGCCAAGGUUACCAAGGCCGAGAGGAAGAGGAAGAGGAGUCCGUCGGACAUGGAUGUGGAUUCAGAGAUGGAGAUUCCCAGCCAGAGAAGUCCGGAGGCUGGCUGCCAAAGUGACGCGGCGAUUCAUCCUCACCCCGCUCUGUGGGCCCCCCCCUCUGACAGACUCCCCCCCGACGGCUCUCAGCCAAACCGAGCCGCCGCCGCCCUUUGCACGUCCGUCUACGCCCACCUCGUCCCGGUCCCCACGUCCAGUCCUUGGACCGCCCAUGUCCCGCCUGCUGCCGGAGAGGUCAUCUCGCCUCUGGAGAAGAAAAAGCGAGUGGCUCAGGCGAGCCUCAACUUGCCCCUGAGUCCUCAAAGCGAGGACAAAGAGCGUCCCUCCGUCAUUCACUGCUCGCCGUCUCCGGCGCGGGCUUCUUCCAGCCGAAACUGCACCUCCUCCGACAGCUCCCCGCUGCCUUUGUCCCCUUCGUCUUCCCGCAGCCCGUCCCCUUACUCUGUUUCAUCAGAGGACGGCCCUGAGGAGACUAAACCUGCGUCGGACUCUGAACUAUCCCAAAAGUGCUCUAGUUCUGGGAAAACUGCAUCCAGCAGUGAGGAACGCAAGUUCGCGAGCUGUUGUCAGAAAUCCAAAGACCCUGCAGGACAGACUAAAAACGUCCGCUCCCAAUCCGCUGAAUCCAUCAAACUCCCGAUCGAAGGUUCCGCCUGGAUGCCGAUCCACAAAGGGAGCGUCAAAUACGCCCCCCAUCUCUUGCACUUGCCCUCCUCCUUGGCGCUGAGAUCCGACUGGGCUCCAACAUCUACCUCUAGUUUCACCAAAGUUGUUCCAAAAUCCGUGCAGCUCCUGCGGCCCGCUCCCAUUCGGCCGGCGUAUAAAACCCCCCAGGGCCGGUUGCUGCAGCAGGACGACUCUCUGGCUUGUGCGAAGAAGCUGAGCAACAUGGCUCCGUGGCUUUAUCCGACAGAGAAGAGGGACAAAUCCAGGACAGUGCAACAAAAAGUUCCUUCAACCCAGCAGCAGCAGCAGCAGCAGAGUCUGACCCAGUCCGCCGCCAACCUGCCGGCGUCGUGCGUCCAUCAGAGCUGCGACAAAUCAGGGAGAGAGUCCCGGCACCAGCCUUUACUACACCCUUCGUUCCUCCCCAGCAGAAUGAGACUACCUCCAUCUCAGCUGACGUACCGCCACGUCCCAGUGAGACCAGCUCACUCUGCUCUCAUUGGCUCUGCUGUUUACCCCUAUCCCUACUCCAUUCCUCUGUUAAACCCCCAGACCUGCUACUCCCUACCUGCCAUGCAUCCCGUUUACUUUCACAAGCUGUGAUUUCCGUUGUACUGUUUGUUAACUCUAGACUUUCAUAACAAAAGAAGCAUCACAUGUGAUCUUGAUCUUGAUCUGAAGGAGGCAGACACUGAGCAGUUUGGUACACUUUUCUUUUUUUUUUUUUGUCUACCGUACGCUCUGAAAAGACCCUGGAAAGACUAAAGUCUGACACCAUCUCACAUCUAAAGACACUCUGUCAUACAGGCCCAAUCCCAAAGUGAGCCCUGAGGACUA